UUGACUGUAUGAUAGAAUUUAACUGUACUGAAUUGUAUUCUCAUUGCAGUAUUCAACAUACAUGGUCGAUUAUUUGUUGAUGUUGUUCAUUAGUUUCAAUUAAUUUGUAGUGUAGUAACGAUAUCCCUUCGAUAAAAAUAAAAAUACGUAAUAACAUAUGCAAGAAAAAUGUCGACAGUUCAAAUUGAAUUCCAUUUUGCUUCAAUAUUUUGACACUGAACAUUGUUCGAUUGACAUCUUUGUUUACAAAAUUGAACAAUUCGUUCGGAUUUAAAAUUUAAGAAAUAUUUUCAUUUUUCAACAAGACUGACUGAUUGAUUGAAGCAGAAAGUUAGACGGCCAAUACAUUUUAAGGGCAAAACUGAUUCGCAUCUUGUCGUUUAAAUUCAAGUGCAGUGGUUUUUGAUUGAUAAACACAUCACAAAUGACUGAAUUUUGUUGCUGCAGAUAAUUGUGUGUAUCAUUUGGUCAUCAUGCAUGAUUUAAUCUAUGCUUCGACCUAAUUAAAAAAAGUGGUUUACAAUAAAUUAUAAGAAACCGAUUUUUGCACGCCGGAUUGCAGGCAAUUUACCAUUUUCUCUUAUUCGCUUGAUACCCAGUGGCAAUGUUUAAUUAAUUUCGAAUUGUUGUGACAAAAAAAAAAAUGGAGGGCAGUAAUUCCGAAAACAUUCCAAGUACAAAGGCUGCAAUUCAGCCCACUGAACCGAUUGUACAAAAUAAUGACGAGGAUCAAGAGCAGCCAUCUGUAUCACGACCGACGAUAAAUCAAACAACAGUUGAACGAGUGCAAUCAAGAAAUACGUAUUUUCUUGAAUUGCCAGUGUUGCUAUUGUUUUAUUCAUGGAAUUUAUCCGGAACAGUUUUUCAAAAUCAAGUAAUUUACCAAAGCUGUAUAUUGAACUACAAUGAAUCGACUUGUAAAUUGCUUGCAAACGAAGAGAUACCGGAUGCACUUGUGACUAUCGAAGUAGAACUCGAAGAGUAUGCAUCGAAGAUAUUUAUGGCUCGUGCUAUCUUAGAAAGUAUUAUUCCUGCGUUUAUAAGCUUUCUGAUUGGACCAUGGUCAGAUAAAUUUGGACGAAAACCAAUUCUAUUGAGUACAUUUUUCGGAUAUUUUCUGGCCUAUGCACUGCUGUGUUCAAUAUCCGUAGCAUCAUCAUAUUGCCUAAUUAGUCCGUGGUUUUAUUUGUUUGCGUUUAUUCCACUUUCGUUACUUGGUGGUACGUGUGCAUUAAUUACGGGCAUUUUUUGUUACAUAAGCGAUGUUUCGUUUGAACGAGAUCGUGGUUUUAGAAUGGCACGAAUGGAAGCGGCUGUUUUCGUAGGACUGCUUCUGGGUUCCUUGAGCAGUGGACGAUUGUAUAAAUUAACUUCGGCGUCUGUUGUUUUUGGAUGCGCAGCGCUGUGUACAUUGCUUGGUUUAAUUUGUGUGUAUUUCUUUGUCAAAGAAAGUAUUAAAAAUCAAACAGAGGAGACUGGACGCAUGGCUAAAUUUAAAGCACUCUUCGAAUGGAAACAUGUGGUGGACUUGUUUUAUACUUGCUUCAAGCGACGUGAAAAUAAUGAUCGAGGUCUUAUUUGGCUCAUUAUCCUAGCGUUGGCAUCGUCCAUGUUUGUUUUAGAGGGAUCGGUAGCAUUGAGUUAUCUAUUUAUGCGUGAAAAAUUUAAAUGGAUGAUCACAGACUAUAAUUUAUAUUCAGCAUUCAAUGUGAUUUGUCAAGUAUUUGGAAAUAUUUUCGGAACUUAUGUAUUAAAUAAAAUGUUCGGAAUACCCGAGAUAUUGAUGGCGAUUUUCGGAUACUUUAGUGCAAUGUUAGAAUACAUCGUUACCGGUCUCGCCACCUAUUCAUGGCAAUUGUAUGUUGCUUCGAUUGUGGUGAUGCUGAAAGGUGUGGCGGUGCCGAUGUGUCGCGCAUAUUUGGCAUGUUUGGUGCCAUCAUGUGAAAUUGGUAAAAUCUAUUCAAUGACAACUUCAAUGGAAUCAUUGGCACCAAUUGGUGCAGCUCCAAUUUAUACAUUCAUAUACAAUUACACCAUCGACACAUAUCCGGGCGCAUUCAAUUUCUUCAGUGCUCUUGUAUAUCUUUAUUGCAUCAUAUUGAUAACUACGGUCUUUGUGAUUCGAAGAAGGCAAGAAGCCACCAGUUAUGAACGAAUUAUAAAUAUGGUAGUAAAAAUAAUUGAAAAUAAUCCAAAUUUACGGGAUUCGAUUCAGCCACGUGAUUUCACAGAAGCAAAUAUCGAUGAAGACGAAGAAGAAGUUCAAGAGUCAACUGAAACACAAAGCACAAUAAAUUUAGCAACGGUUGAAGCAGUUCAAUCAAUAAAUACAUAUCCGCUCGAAUUGUCGUUUUUGUUGUUUUUUUUCUCGGCAAAUUUGAACGGAACAGUAUUUCAAAAUGAAAUUGUUUAUCAAAGUUGUAAGCUUGACCACAGUGAAUCGACUUGUAAAUUACUUACCAAUGAGAUGAUACCAAACGAGCUUGUGGAUUUAGAAUUGGAAGUGGAAAAAUAUGCAUCGAAAAUAUUUAUGUGCCAAAAUAUUUUAAUAAAUAUCAUUCCUGCGAUUAUAAGUUUUUUUAUUGUACCAUGGUCGGAUAAAUACGGUCGGAAACCUCUUUUAAUGAGCUCCUUUGCUGGAUUUUCUCUCAGCUAUGGCCUCUUAUGUGUGAUAUCAAUUGCUGCAUCUCAUUUUAAGUUAAAUCCAUGGUUCUAUUUAUUGGGAUUUAUUCCAUACUCACUAUUUGGUGGUGUGGUUGUAUUUAUUACGGGAGUUUAUUCUUACAGCACUGAUACUUCAUCAGUUCAAGAUCGUGGUCUUAGACUGGCGAGAUUAGAAGCAGCCGCCCUUUUUGGAUUGAUUAUCGGUUCUUUAACCUGUAAACCAAUAUACCAAUAUGCAUCAGCCUCUAUUGCGUUUGGAUUCUGUGCUGGUAGUUCAUUUCUUGGUUUAAUGUGUGUUUAUUUCUUCAUUAAUGAAAGCAUUAAAAAUGAAACCGAGGAACGUGGAUUUAUGGCAAAACUGAGAGCUCUUUUUGAAUGGAAACAUGUGGUAGAUUUACUCGAUACAUGUUUUAAGCGACGGGAACAUAACGGUCGAAUUCUUAUUUGGCUCGUAAUAUUUACAUUAAUUUUGCGUAAUUUUGCUAUGAACGGUGCUGAAUCAGUCAACUUUUUAUUUAUGCGAGACCGAUUCAAAUGGAUGAUAACGGAUUAUGCAAUCUAUUCAUCUUUUAAUAUGGUUUGUCAAGUAUUCGGAAAUCUUAUUGGAUCAUAUGUAUUAAACAAGAUGUUUGGACUGCCCGAAAUUUUGGUGAUACUUAUUAGCUUUUAUUGUCUGAUGGCAGAUUAUGUUAUGAUCGGUUUGGCCGAUCAUUCGAGUCAAUUAUAUAUAAUUGCGAUGAUGAUGGCGCUCAAGGUUGUAGCAUUACCAAUGAGUCGAGCAUAUUUGGCUUCUUUAGUACCAUCGUCUGAAAUCGGAAAAGUAUUUUCUGCAUCUACAUCAUUCAGUGCUUUGGUUUUGACAUUUGCAGCACCCGUUUACACAUUUAUCUAUAAUUUGACAAUUGAUACAUAUCCAGGGGCAUUCAAUUCAUUUAGUGCCGUUAUACUUCUCAUGUGUAUCCUUCUGAUGACAAUUGCAUUUUUGAUUCGAAGUAAGCGACAAGAAGCAGCCAACUACGAAAUUAUUACGAGCUGAUGAAUGACAAUAUUGAAUUUAUUGAAGAUAUGCAGUGUAUAUUUUUAUUGUCCA